AUGAGAAGUAAGUUCACGUUACUGAUAACUAAUAACGGAAACUCUGGAAAGUGCAAAGCAACAGGGAUGGUGGAUUCGGUUAUAACGCGUAUUGUAGCACUACAGCUCGAGAUUGAUGAACUUUCUGACGUUCUGACAACAUGCCUUCCUGGAACAGAAUUGGCAAGGCUCCAAGAUCCAACUGUUUGA